CAAGAGGCAGCAUCACCGCACCCGCAUGAAGCAGGAUUGGUCGGGUCCCGAGUAUGGGGGCGGCCUGGGCCGGCAUGCUUCGGAAAAUAUAAGCCUGUGUGAGAGAGUGGCGGCUGAUUAACUGGAGACUCGGGACGGAGAAUAGUGGCGAGAGUGAGUGUCCCCACGGAGAGAAUAGAGGACGGACGUUCUCAUCGGGGAGACGUCGUCGUCGCCGCCGCCGUCGCCGUCGUCGUUGGUCCAGUUUUCCAAGGUCUGCCUUGGAAUAAUCGGCCGGCGCGUUGUGCGAGUUAACGCUGCUUAAAACUAAUCAAAAUUAAUCAUAACCCGGGUAACAAUUGAUCGCAAUUGUCGCGCUAGCUCUAUUACGGGUAAUCGGACAAUCGGUUACGGCCGCCUCCUUUUUUUCCAUCCGACAGGAAGCCGGAAAGAAUCUCGGAAGACAAAUCUCGGUGAAGUCACAUGAUGAUUUUCCAUUAUCGAUAUUGAGGUGUGAGACAACAAACGUUUAUCUCUUUGGAGUUUAAUUUAACCGGAGGAGAAUCCAUCAUAUACCACGUGAGGAUGUGGAUUGAAACGGAAUAUACUUAAAAGAAGAAGCGCCACGGGAAGGAAUAACGGAGGGGUGAAUAGUAAUUCGUGAUAUUCACUAUUGGAUCAACUCGGUCAACGGAGAAAUUCAACGUGCAUUCAACAACUACUGCUCAACUUAUUGAAUCAAGGUUUUUCGCGAGCUACAACACAAGAGGCUGUUUAAAAUGGACGGCGCUCCAUCGUGGGACGAUCCGAUCUUUUCGGAUUUCGGAAGUCGUGGGACCACUGGAGCCCACAUUCAGGUGAUGCUGAGUCUGAGUGGCGGCCAUCACGGCGCCGGUGGUGACUUAAUGCCAACUGGCGGUGGUCAACUUCACAAACUGGAUUCAUCUAACAGCCCGUCGCCGCAUCAUCAGACUGCAUCGCAGCAUUCGCAUCAUCUACAACAGCAGCAGCAGCAAAAGGAACUGAAGGAACUCGAACUGUCGGGCAUGUACGCUCCUUUGCCGCCGCAGACUCAAGACGUCACCACGUCAACGUCCACAAGCGUUACGCCAACUUCGACAAGCCUGCAACAAAGUCUGCAGCUCGGCAACGCACUUAAGAGAAAGCCCGACGAUCCCAUCAACGCGCUGGCACCAGUUAACAGCGAAGCACAACCAGCGAAAAAGGAUUCGAAGAAGAAGACUGACAAUAAUAACAUCAAAAAGAAAAAGACGAGAACAACUUUCACGGCGUACCAACUCGAGGAACUGGAAAGAGCUUUCGAGCGGGCACCGUAUCCAGACGUUUUUGCCCGUGAUGAACUUGCAGUAAAGCUUGCUCUGUCUGAGACCCGCGUGCAAGUUUGGUUUCAAAAUCGUAGGGCAAAGUGGCGGAAGAAGGAACCGCCGCGCAAGACAGCCGGCUAUAUGGCCACGGGAUCCGCCAGUCCUGGUUUAUCAGGUUCCUUCACCUCGCUGAAUAAUAAUCUCAACCCAUUCGCAUCGCCGACAACGGCAGCGGGUCCGCCAGACGCGUGGGCGUACUCGUCAGCGUAUGACCUGGCACCUCACUUGAAUCUGCUCAGUCCAUCCAACUCGCCGUAUUCGAGCGCGGCAGCGGCGGCUGCUGCCGCCGGUUUCGGCAACAACGGGGGUGUUUCAUACUCGUCGUACGCAAGCAUGUUGCCAACGCAGCACGACGCAUCACUGUUCGCCGCGCCGACCGCUGUCGCCAAUACUAUGCGGGUCCACCAGGACUAUAUGAACCCCGGUAACAGUCCACCACCGCCACCCGGUGGGCCUCUCACCCGCGCCGAUUAUCAGACGAUGGUGACGACACACUCGCCGCCUACUCAUCUCACGGGUUCCAUAUCCGAGGAUGAACACGGCGGCUGCCUGGCCGAGAAAUACGCGCACGAGCAGGCCGAUUACGGGCAGCAGCAGCAACAGCAGCAGCAACAGCAGCCACCACCGCCGCCACCUGAUCAGAAGCAAGACUAUGGCAUGCACUCACCGCAACAUGCACGCCAGGCUAUGAAAGAUCAGGUGAUGGUGAAGAGCGAGCCUGGCAGCCAACAGAGCUACGUGCAGUUGCCUCCUUUUCUGAACUGACUCGCGGUCUCCUCCGCUCCAGGCUUUUUCUAGACAAUCCGUUGGGGUUUCGUGACGGGCGCGAGGAAUAUUAAAUCUUGGACACUGUCGAUUUUUGAAUGGACUCUCCACUAGCGCUAUUUAAUUUAUGUGUUAUUUUAUUAUGGCCCUAAAAUGUGUAUUUUUAUGUUUAAUUAAAAUAAUUUUAAUAAUUUUGUUAUUUUGUAGAAGAGAGAGAAUGAAUAAAUUGUUACAAUUGAUUUAAACAAAAUAAAAUUGCAAUUACUGAUUGAAAUGCUAGAAAAAUAAUAAAAAUAGAAUUAAAAUUGAAAGCGUUAGUGGGAUUCCAAUCAGCGUGGCACUGAAGCUAUAUUAUAAAGAUAUUUUCCGAUCAAGUUCGAACAUUCGUGUUUUGUACUCGUUACUUGCGAUCGAUAAGAGAUUACAUUGCGCUACUUUAUUUUAUAUGCAAGGUGAUACGCAAACUUUGUUAGCGUGUUUGGGUAGUCAUUCUAACAAUAAGUGAAAAAGUUCAUAUGCACCAUGGGUCGAUUCGAUUUCGUUGCCAAAAUGUGGACUGAAAUGCAUCGCAAUGCAUCGAAAGUAUCGUACGAACACGUGGAACGCCCAGUUUGAUCCUUGGGAGGGAUUCUGGCAAGAUUUAUCAGUUUUAUGACAGAACAUCUUGUUAUUUGCCGUAAAACGCGGUGAAUCUUUAGACUUUUUCUUUCAGUUCAUCGAUCCCCUAAAGUUUUGACAUUUAAAUACGGGACAUCUAGUUUAAUCUCUCACGCGAGAUUAUACAAAAAGAAAUUAAUUAAACUAAUUUUAAGUGACAUCACAAAAGACACAUGUGGUGAUUAUUUAUAUAAAAAGUUAGCGUUCUAAUCACAUUGAACAACAUUUCGCGAUAGUUGUUAGUACUUGAUCAUUCUUUUAUUUGCUUUUACAGAAGCUUUGCAUUAAUUAAAAUACUGUCGAAAAAUAAAUUUUAGUUGCAUUAUUAGCAAUUAUUUCUUUAAGAAAAUAACUUUUCUUAAUGUGCUCGGCUAGUGAAAAAAGAAAGAAAAAAGAGAGAAAAUAAAUAUUAGAUCUAUAAAAUAAUUUGAAAGUUCUCGAGUAUGCGUGCCUUGGAUAGGUCGGUGCCUUAUAAAGCGAAUAUAUUUGGUGCCUUUGUAUGAAGAAACAUAGAUUUCAAUUGAAAUAAUCUCUUAUAUUGUCUUCGACUUCUAAGCAAGAAUAAUUUAUAAAAGAAGGUGAAGAAGAAACACUUAUAAAAGAAGAUGAAAAUGAAGAUAUAAAAGAAGAUGACAAGAUUAAUCAAUACAUAAAUAUCAUUCUCUUUAAUGUCCCAUUUAACUGUUUAUAAAAUAUGCUACUUUAAACGUUGUACUUUUCAUAUCAUUUUUACACAUCACAUAUGUUACAAAUACACAAUCUUGUCUAUUGUGUAAUAAUUUUCUGUAAAAUACUGUUUACAAGUAAAAAUGUUUAUGUACUGUGUA